AUGGCCGCUGUGCGCGACGCCCGGGAGAAGCUCUCGCAGCUGCUUAUGCACCUGGGGGUCACUCCGCGCGACACUUUCAACUUGGACGAAACUGCCCUCUGGACGUCCGUGCUCCCGCGGCGUACGUACAGCAACGGCCGUAUGCCUGGGCGCAAGGUCUCGAAGGAACGCCUCACCGUGGCGUUUCUCGUCAAUGCGGACGGGAGCCACGUGUUUCGCCCGCUUAUCAUCAGCAAGGCGAAGCGCCCGCACGAUUUCCGCCCGGACUACGACCCCGAACAUCUCUGCUACUGGCGGCAUAACGCCAAAGGGUGGAUGACGGCGCCGUUGUUCACUCACUUCAUCACACAGCUCAACGCUGCCAUGUAUGCGGAGGGACGCCGCAUCGUCGUGUUACUCGACAACGCGAGCUCGCACAUGCUGCGGAGCGAGCACGCGUGGAGCGAGAUUGUGUGCGGCAUGCGCACGACUUGCAUGAGCCACGUCCGGCUCGUCUUCCUGCCCCCAAACACCACUGCCUUCACCCAGCCCCUUGACCAGGGCAUCAUCGCCACCGCCAAGGCCCGCUACCGCCAGCACUGGUUGCGGGCGUUUACUGGUUUGUGGAACGCGGAUGGCGCGACAAGCGCUGUCGCGCGGUUCCGCCCGAACCUGCGCGACGUCUUGGGAUGGCUGUCGGACGCGUGGACGAGCGUCGGUGCGCGCACCAUCCAGCGGUGCUGGUGGCGCACGGGAUGUAUGCCGCUGUCGUGGUCCAUGGAGUUGACACACGUGCACGACGACGAGCCCACCCCGUCUGUCUAUCCCGACAUCGAGCUCGAUGACGACAUAGACGAAGUCGGCACGCUCAUUAGUGGGCUCGGGCUCGGGCUCGGCGCGAUGACCGCCGCCGAUUAUGUCGCCAUCGACGACGGUGAGCUGACGUGCGCCGAGCACGGGGCGGACCAGAGGACUCAGGAGCCGGAAGCGAGCCUGGUGGUGGAGCUUUGGGAGGCGCCGACCACCAUGCAGGCGGUAUACGACGACGCCGACCCCGUGGGCCGUGAGGCGCGGCGCACCGCGCGGGCGGCCUGCGAGAUGCUCAUCGGCUAUGCUCGCGCCACCUGCAUCACGCCGCGCGACCUCUGCCAGCUAUUCGACAUCCGCAACCCGAUUAUUAUCGCGCGGAUGGAGCGGGCAAGCCCGCCCUUUAAUCUCAACGUGGCCCCUCAGACCGUGCCCACCCCGGGCGCAACUCCCACGCCCGACACCCCGCGUCUACGCGGUCGUGUGCUGCCCGGCUGGAUGACCCAGCCGUCCCGCCGUCAGCAGCUGCUGGACGCGGGUGUUGGCGCCGUGAUGGACGCGGGUGUUGGCGCCGUGAUGGACGGGUAUGUUGACGCGGCGGAAUGGAUGCGCCUGUGA